AUGGCCGGGGUCAACAAGUUUCUAGGGGUUCGGUAUGCUGCCCCUCCUGAACGAUUCGCACCUCCAGCUCCUGCAUCUAUGACGCCCCAUAGCGAUGCGAAGGACGCGACCAAAUUUGCUCCUUCUUGUAUACAAGCUAUUCCAGCUCCCAUUGCCGCCCAGAUGGGCAACAUGGGUCCGCAAAGCGAAGAUUGCUUGUUUGUGAACGUCUUCGCCCCGUCGUCUCCUCCGCCUCCCGAAGGAAGAACUGUAAUGGUGUGGUAUUACGGCGGAGGCUUCCAAUUCGGUAGCGCCAAUACUCCCAUGUUUGACGGUUCAAGCUUCGCCCAGAACCAGGAUGUGAUUGUUUCUUUGGGUUUCCGGGAAGCGUUGAAGGAAUCCCUCCUCAGGCACGUAAUGUUGGCCAGAAACGUCAUGGACCAGAAGCUUGCUCUUCAGUGGGUUCAACGAAAUAUCAAAGCGUUCGGAGGCGAUCCCAAGAAGGUCACCAUCUUUGGUGAAUCUGCCGGUGGAGCCUCCGUUGAUCUGCUCCUCUUGACCAGCGGCAUGAACCCUCCUUUCCGAGCGGCGAUAACGGAAUCCGGAACCUCGUACCUUGUCACAGCGCCACAAGCCGGUGGAGAUAUUGUUGGGUUGAUGGCUGGCAUCAAUACGGGUGCGAGCAUGCCAGGAAACUCUUUCAAAACUCUGGCCAAGGCUUUGAACUGCAAUGGAGGCCAAGCCCUCGCUUGUGUGAAGGCAGCACCUGUGGAUGCUGUUGCCUCCGUGAUCUCGAACGGACCAUUCAACUUCCCCCCGGUUGCUGACGGUGACACGAACGUUCCUAACUCUCCCGACGCUACAAGAUCCGCCGGUCGGGUCCCCAAGAUACCACUGAUGCUUGGCACCAACCUGAGAGAGGCUGACAUCUUCACCAUGAUGAGGCCGCCACAGCCAGUGAAUGCCUUCGUUGCAGCAACAUUUCCUGGCGAUACAGCAUUGCAACAGGCGGUUGUCUCUGCGUACCCCAUCGGGGCAGGUACUCCAUUCCCAACGGAAAAGGAUGCCAUAACUCAGAUAGCUACGGACCUGGAUUGGACUUGCAGCAUUAGCCAUGAGGCCCGUAUAUCCGCGCAGGCAGGCGUUCCAACCUGGAGAUACUUGUUCAACUCCACCUCCUUCCCUCCAACUCCCGGAGGCAUUCUAUCACGCCCGGUGCACGGCUCCGAGAUUAGCUUCGUGUUUGGAAACUUACCUCCACCCCCAGCGACGCCCGAUCAGGCAGCUGCGCUCAGCAAAUUCAUGCAGACAGCAUGGGCUAGCUUUGCGAAGAAUCCAGCCAACGGGCCUGGUGUUCAAACUUGGACACCACACACUGGUAUGCCAGGAGCCAUGGACUUGGCUAAUCUGGGUGGAGUUGUUGGAAGUGGGGUGGCCAUGGUAGAUCCGCGCACAGUUGAUAGUCGGUGUAACCUCUUCGAUAAGGCGUACGCUGCCGCCAUGACGCCGUCUUGA